CGACCAACAUUUAUGGAUCGUGGAUCGAAGCGUACUACAAUUCUGGACAUGCGGAGAGUGGCGAUGGAGUUUGGAUCUCAGCUUUUCGCUCCUCCUAUAUCUUUUCUAAGAUUUCUGUCAGGAAUGUCUCGAGACUAUGAUAGACGAAGAGGAGGUAGCGGUAGUGGUACCAGUUCUAGUAAAUUGCGGAUGGAUACCAAUAUAUCACAACCCAGACCACAUGGUGAAAAUUCAGGAAAACGAAGAGAAUUAGAUAGUGUAAUGCGGAAAGCUCGUGAAUCUCAAUCAAGUUAUUGGAAUAAAAAACUUUUGGAGGUAGAGGAACGAGAUCCAAAUAGAUGGAGACAUAGUGGAUAUAAGGAAUUAUAUGUUGGUGGCACAACAAGUGGAGAACCUAGCAGAGGACAUCCAAGAAGUCCAAGAAGUCCAAGACCACGAAGCCCUCACAUCCAAAGACCACGUAGUCCUCGAACUAGAAGUCCACGAUCACCACGUGAUAAAUCACAUACAAGAGGAAGACCUACACGUAGUCCAAGUACAGGAAGUACUUGUUCUGAUCGUUCAUGUAGUGUUUGUUCACCAAAAGAACGACGACGCAUUGCUCAACCUUCUCGUUCGCGUUCAAGAUCACUGACACCAGUUCGAGCCCGAACACAUCAAAAAGAAGUAAUACCAUCAAGCUCACGAGUAAUACCAACUCGAACUAGACCACGAUCACCUCCUUUACCACGUCCAUGUACACCACCGCCUACGCCACAGCCUCCACCACGUCAUCAAAAAGACUAUAAAAUAAUUAAAGAAAAAGAAACCAAAGUCCGGCGUAAAGAAAAACAUCAUACUAGAAUUCCAGAAGAUCCAAGAGUUCCAGACUCCAUUCCAUUGAUGCGUAAACCUGUAAAGGUAGAAAAAACUCAUUCAAGUCAUGGAUCAACUCAAAUGAUUAGGCCUCCUCCUGAAUCCUCACCUAGUGAAGAUAGUGAUAGUUCCUCUACAACAUCACACGUGGGUCCACCUAGAAUGACACUAUCUGAACGAUUUGGUAAAAUGGCACAAUGGAGUGUAGAUCGCAGAGAUAUGGAAAAUAUGCGCAUCACAAAAGAUGGAGAAAAUGCAAUGAAAGUUGUAAUAGAGGGUGAAGAAAGAAUUGCAAGACUAGGAUAUGAUUCUCCGCCACCAGGACAUUAUCCUGAAUCACUUUUAGCACAAGGACCAAGAGGUCUAGAAUGUUGGGAUGAUGUUCGCGUUAGAUAUGAUUACUAUAAAGCAAGAGGAUAUCUUCGAGAUCUUACUUUAGAUGAUUAUAUAAAAUGGGAAGAAUGGUGGUAUAAAUAUCAAGAAUGGUUAGAAGCAGAACGUUUUUACGAACAAUGGGCCUCUUCAAACCGUCCUUCUGGUGGAAAUCGAAAAAGACGCGGGCGGCGUAAUAACACUACUCAUUGAAAUUUCGUAAGCCUAUUACAAAUCACUCUCGAUCAUCAUAGAUAUUAACAUCAUUAAUAAAAUGUACUGUAAUAUUUGUUGUGCUUAGAAAAGAGUGCGAGAAGUGUGUAAACGAUCUAUACAAACAUACAUACAUUCAUAUAAAAAGUACGCACGGAAGCGUAUUUGUGUAUGUAUAUGUGUAUUUUAUAUAUAUAUAUAUAUAUAUAUAAUACACACAUACAUACAUUAUAUAAAUAUAUAUAUUAUAAUAAAAGGUAUGAUUGCGCUGUAAAAACCUCAUUUUCAUCAGUUUAUCAAGUAAAAGUUAAUCUACAAAAUAUUCGUUUUUCAUUUGAUUACUUUAUAUGUAAUAUUUUAUAUUCAUCAAGACAUUUAGAAAUAAGGAUGACGUGUGUAUCGAU